GUCACGUUGGAUCUCGCGGCGUUGUCUGCUUACGGGGGCGUAUCGGGACCCAGGGUCGCGGUGGCGGGCACUGGGCUUCUCGCGCUACCCGGCUUGAUACCCGAGAAGGGUUUAUCAUCGCCCGGCGGCCAGUCGAAAGUAAAUUUCGCAGGGCUGGCGGGUCUCGACAGCGAGGCGGUGCGCCGCUGGGUCGCGGAGGCCGCGCGGAUUCGCCAAAUUCCACCUCCGGUCUUGAUACAACCAACUGCUCAACCGCCUCCACCGUCACCCCAGCAGCAGCAGCAACAACAACAACAACCACAACAACAACAACAACAACAACAACAGCAACCACAACAACAACAACAACAACAACAAUCACAACAACAACAGCAAUCACAACAACAACAACAACGGCAACAGCAGCAUCACAGUCAUCGACAACGGCAGGAAGCUAGCCCACCUUUAGUGGGACCUACCCCUUUCGUUUUAUCAACCUCGAUGACCCAUACCCCCAGCAUGCAUUUGUUGGAAAACAACAAUUUAGUGGAGGUUGCGAUGUCACAGCAACAACAGCAGUCCCACCAGCAAAUGCAACAACAACAAAAACAAAAACAGACCAGUCCAACGAACAACAAUACCAUAGAAGCUUGGAGAUCGAUUCAGGGUAGUCAUCAAUGGUGGAGCACGCCUAGUGCAGUACUUCAGGAGCAACAGCAAUCGCAACAACAACAACAACAACAACAACAGCAACAGCAUGUAGUACCGAUUGCCCGAAUCAGUCAAGCGCAAGCUCUCGUUGCUGGUGCAAUUUGCGAACAGGUGCAAAGGCAUCAAAUUCAUUCUGAGAUAGAUCAACCUCUCGAUUUUUCCGUCGGAACUCUUCAACAACACAGGCUACAAUCGCGAGUUAGGAUUAUGCACGAGAGACUACAGAAUAGGAUUACUGACAACAACAACGGUACAGUCAGCGCACAAAAGAUCAGGGUAUCUGGUAGUAGACGAAGUUACAGCCCCAGCGAGGCUAGUACCAGUAGUAGCGAGGACGAGGGUGUAUCCACUGGGGGUAGUCCGUCAGGACCCCUAAGAGAUAUCGAAAAUGGUAAAAUUUGGAUGGCCGACAAUGAAGUCGUGUCGAGAACAGAACAAUCCUUCAAAAGAAUUUCACCUUUGAAUGCUUGUGCAACAACUACGACGACAACGACGACGACAGGUGGUGGAGCACCGACACACCCCCACCUGUCACCGCCCAUAGCCGCUCCUGUGACGACUCCUGAUCAUAGAAGCCCGACCAGUCUUCACACCAAACUUGCCAUCUCACCUGCCAGUGAUGCGCUCGGCCGAAUCGAUAAGGAGCCAGCCUCGCCGGAAUCCAUACAAGAUGCGGAUCUACAUGCUGAAGUCGAGGGAGUCGAACUCAGUGGAGACGAUCGAAGUAUCACAAGUGAUAUUCAAGAUGUUACUGAUGCGAAUCUCGAUCAAGAUUCAAUAGAUUCGGAUAGGGAAGCUCUUAAUUUGGUUACUGAUGUAUCACAACGUAAUAGCAGCAGUGGUACCAGCGGUAGCUCAUCUUCGCCAAGUUCUGGAGUGAGUAGUCAAUUGACUACUGGUACGCAUCAACAGCAGCAACAGCAACAACAGCAGCAACAACAGCAACAAUUGCAACACACCAGCACGCAAAAUAAUGGAAACUCGCAAGCUGCGUUGGCGGCUCAAUUUGUCAGCCAACAAUUGUUAAUGCAUGGAUCUCUUGGUACUCUCAGACCUCAAGAGAUUCAAGCCAUUGCAUCGUCCCUACAACAGCAACAACAAUCGUUACAGCAGCAAUUGCAGCAGUUUGCUAUAUUUCAACAAGCCAAUCCGACAACGGCUGGGCAACAAGCGCAAUUCUUCUUACAAAAUCAGGUACAGCAAGCUGUAGCACAAGCAGCCCAACAAUUACAGGCCAUACAAAAACAGCAAGCUCUUCAAGGUGGAGGUGGAUUGGUAGGAAGAAAUUUAACGCAACAAAGAUCGCCACCACCCUCUGGUACACCUCCGUCUGUAAAACCACCACCAGCAAGACUUGAACAUUCUCCAGAAGAAACAACGGACCUUGAGGAACUCGAACAAUUUGCUAAGACUUUUAAACAACGACGAAUCAAGCUUGGUUUUACGCAAGGUGAUGUUGGUCUUGCCAUGGGAAAACUUUACGGCAAUGACUUUUCUCAAACCACCAUUUCAAGGUUCGAAGCAUUAAACCUUUCCUUCAAGAACAUGUGCAAAUUGAAGCCUCUUCUUCAAAAGUGGUUAGAAGAUGCCGAUAAUUCUUUGAACAACCCAAAUUCGCUCUCGAAUCCACUAACAACACCAGAAGCAAUAGGUAGGCGGCGAAAGAAGAGAACUUCAAUAGAAACUACCGUUAGAGUGGCACUAGAGAAAUCUUUCGUUCAGAAUCCAAAACCUACUUCCGAAGAAAUCACCGCACUGGCGGAUAAUUUAGCAAUGGAAAAGGAAGUUGUUCGAGUAUGGUUUUGCAACAGGCGACAAAAAGAAAAAAGGAUCAAUCCUCCAACAGCAGCAAUGGGAAGUCCGACAAUGGCGUCGCCUGCGCCAUCAGUUUUUGCUUCUCUUACGAAUUCGAUGUCUGCUAGUCCUUUAGCUCUCACUGCACAUUCCUCGGGAAUGGGUCAUAUCCAAUCACAUUCCACGUCAUUGGGAUCACCUCUUCCUUUGGCCUUAGUGGCAACACCCAGUGCAAAUUACCAUCCAUUGAGUGGGAAAUCUCACGAGUGACAACAACAGACCACCCAUCAAGGGGACAAUCUUUACCAUCAUCGAGAUCAACAGCAGAAACAGCAUCAGCAACAACACCAGCAACAACAACAGCAACA